GAGAGGCCUGAAUUCUAGCCCGAGUGUGUUUUAUUUCUCACAACCAGGAGCUUCUCUCCUGCUCUGAUUAGUUCCUGUUGUCACUGAAAGACAGACAAAGCUGCAAACCAAGAGCAGUACGUUUCCAGUGGAGGGGGGCGGGGGAGUAAGAGAGGAAAAUCAAGGACAGUGACUCAUAAGCAUUCAAGAUAAUUUUCUUCCAAGUUAUCCAUGACUCAGAAACAGAAUGAUGAAUUGACUUUGCCUGUUGCUGAAGAUUUUCAUCUCCUUAAUGCAUUGCAGAUAUGUCGAGAGGACACCAGCUGUCAGAGGCCAGCAGCAGCCAUCCCCAACCGAGACCAUCUCCGUCUCUCUCUAGGGGUGUUUCAUCCGAUUCUCAGUCUGCUAGUAUGCGCCUCACUGUAGAAAAUGUUAAAAGGCUAGAAAAAGAGUAUUUGUCUGUAAAAGGAGUUCUUAGUAACCAGUCCAUAGAGGAAUAUGUUAAGCAGAGUAAUCUCAGUUUGCUGGAGAGAGCUAGAAGUGGGGAAGUCAACAGCAGACACGUCCCAGAUGAUGAAAAUGCAGACAGAGCCACAUCCUUCCUUUCAAGAGACCUGGAUAAAAAGUGCAGAGAAACUCACUUGGAAAAGACUGAAGAAACCUCACACAAAGGCAACUUAUUGACAGAAUUUCAGGCAGAUUCUCCAUCAACUCUGCAUGUUGGUUGUAAGUCGAAGGAAUCAAACCUGCUGUGUCCUGUCUGCAGAAAGUCUGUUGGUGGAUCUUCUGCCUCUCUCAGAAGAUGUGAGGUUGAAGAUCUGGGGAUCCAGACGGAAUGGAGUUAUUCAGACAAAACCCUGUCAGCCAUUGAAAAUGCUAUAUCAGCAGUCAGAGAAGAGAAGGCGAGCCGAGAAGAUGUGGAUGGCAAGGACAGUCCUGUGUACAUUUCAAGUCAAGACAUUGUGGUACUCUUCGCUGACAGUUAUGAAGAAAUUGAGAUGAAAAAAACUGAAGAAGGGAGUGAAGAAAAUAAGCAAACAAAACCUGAAGAUCAAGAUUCAGAAGAGAUUACUGAUAACCUGAAAAUAACUACCCUGUUCCUGGAUGAGGAAGAUUACAUUGAUGAAGAAGGUGAUUACUGUGAGUUUUGCAAAAGCCCUUCAAAGCCCAUUCCAUCAGCAGAAGAUCUGGACACAGACCCACUGGAAAUAUUUUUGUGCUGCAGAACGUACAAGGAGGUUUUUGAGUGUGUGAUGAGGGACCUGAUGGAACGCGCCUUUUCUGAUGAGAUCGAUAUUGCUCCUCAUCCUCACCUGUCGCAAUCAGUGAUGGAGAGUGACACCAGAAAGAAACUUGAGCAAAAGUUGCAAGAGAGAGGUUUUGAUAAAUACAGGGAAUUAUAUAAUCGGUAUAUGAAGUUUUGUGCCAUGACCAAACUUUCAUUUAAAAUCUCGGACUCUUCAAAAGAGGGCUCAGAGGAGAGUUCAGAGAUACCUCAAACUCUUGAAGACGAGGAUACAGAGUCCGGAACUGAGCUUUUAAAGUAUUGCCACCCUCAUGAGCCUAUAAGAAGAUAUUAUCCUGACGGGCAGGAAUUCUUUCUUCUUUUUCCAGAUGGGACAGGUCAGGUUUUUUAUCCAUCAGGUAACAUUGCCAUCCUGAUCGUGAAUGUCAAGGAAGUACAGUUUAUAUACGUCAUCCUAGAGGACGAUAUCUACUCAGGGAUUCGAGGAUUCUUCACAAGCUGGGGCUAUGCGACAUGCAACUAUAGGAAUGGACUCAUCUGGUUGAAUCUGGAUCACCACUCUGGCUCCUACUUUGAUAAGAAAGGAAGAAGACAGAAGCACUGGAGUUGGAAUGACUUCAGCCAUCAUGUUCAUGCGCCUCCUUUCCAGUCCAUCUUCAUGAAGCUAAACGUUUAUAUCAAGAUUAAAAUUGUGGCUCAGGAUGAAAUCUACUUAUUGUUUACUAAAAACCAAAACUGCAUCUAUUUCAACAUGGUGCGUAGGCUAAAAGUGAAAGACUCCACCAAGACAGAAGAAAGUCAACUGGGGCUACUGCACUCCAAACGUGUUCAGAUCAACAGUCUCCUCACCAAAAUGCAGACAAUAUUGCGAGACCUGCAGAGCAUUCCAUUAAGCAAAAUUCAGGCACUGCCUUUGGUUGUAUCACUGCUGCGUAAACUACUGAAAUGGAGACGUAAAAAAACUCCUGCCCAGUAGAUAUACUCGAUGUUGCAAUGUUAGAUUUCUCUCCAGUCAAAUAAGGUUAUGGGGCAGUUCACUGUGAAACUAAUAAAACUCAUUUUCAAAGGCGUCAUACGUUAUUAGUUGUAUUUGGAUGCAGAACAUUUAUGGAACUAAACAGCAGGUUUGAAAAUAUGCAGGUGAUUUUAUAUUCCUAUGAAUAGAUCAAUAAAUGUGCACUAGUCUGAUCAAAUUAGAAGGUGUUUUUAAAAGUGGGAGAAAGGACAAUAGGGUCACCUGAAAUUUGGCAGGAGACUGUCAAGCAAUGCCUGUUGUGUGACCCAGUGAGCAUUCCUUGCACCCUUUACCUGGCAUUUCUACUAAUUCAUUGUGGGAUGAAUAAGCAUCAUGUGCAUAGUGCCACAAAACACCCUUCUUGGUUACUACAGUGGAAAGGGUAUGAAUGAGAAUGAAAGGAAAAGGUUGUGAAUGAAGAUGCUUGGCUGGUAAGAACUCUCUCCAAUUCUUAAACCACCUGGAAUGAUCACUGAGAGAACUGUGGUGUAGGCUUUGCUACAAGGGUUGGUUUUGAGCAAGCAGGUGUGUUUUCCUUUGAAGCCUCCACCUGGCUCAUUUAGUAAGACAGGGUGAGGAAGAAAGCAGGCCCACAUAUCCAUAGUGAAACUGCAAGUUAAUCAAAGAAAUGGAGCUAAGACAGGGGUGGGCAAUAAUUUUUGAUGGGGGCCAACUCCAAGAUUUUGGAAAGUGGUUGAGGGCUGCACUCUUCCAUUAUUUCAAUGGAGAUGCGAGGUCCGGGAUGGAGGUUGGGUGCAG